AUGGAUCAAAAUCAAGAACAGAGGAGCCAAGUAUCAGCAAUUUGCAACGUGAUACUGGAUGUUGGAAAUCGACUCGUGUUGCGUCAGAAUGUUGUAAACAAACUCCUACUAUAUAGACAGGAUCAUCCACAAGGUCAACAGUGCGUUGUCAGCAGUCAGCAGUGGUCAACGGUGCGUUUCGAUUCUGUUCAACUCCGUAUAAGUGGUAGCACUGAGUUGAACCGAAUCGAAGCGCACUGCUAA